CUCCACCCUUGUAACUUAAAGAGGCCCGUGAGCAUCCCGGAGCCCGGCCGGGACUCGACUGUUUCUAGUCUGGCAGCCCCACUGAGCCCCACCAGGGGUACCGUCACCCCACUCUUUCCAAACCAGCCGUCUUGAAACCCUGCUUGACUUGGCUUGUCUGAUUAUGACGCGCACAAGCCGCCCACGCGUAUUAUUUGGUCUUACCUUUGCCUUAUUGCUGUAGUAUUAAGCACGUUUUUACUUACCAUUGUCAAUAUAUCAAAUAUUAUACAUAGUUGUCUCUCUCCUCAACGUCUUUUACUCGCUGUCGAUUUCUUUCUUUACGACUUUUCUAAUUACUAUAAUGUAAUUGUAAUUGUUAUACGACGAGGAGCCAUACUGUUCGCGUAGUCUGGAGUUGCACGCGAGGCCAUCUUACGCGGAAUAGACUGUAAUUAGCCAAGGGGAGUAUAGUACGGUCGAUUAUCCAUUACUUCUAGACUGCAAUACACGCCACAUGUUACGUUACACGCAGCUUAGCAUAGACUUGUACUCUCUUAGUGAACUGCAUUAUUUACGCUUAAUCGCUUAUUCGAUACAUUCUUUUGCUUUUGAAUCUUCAAGUCUACAUCUGUUGCAGUUUUCCCAUGGAUAUUCGUCUUGAGCUUUACUAGCUGAUUGGAUAUAGCUGUCAGAGCCAGUGUCGUGAGGAAACCACCGGCAUUUACCAAACCUGUAUUUUCGGACUCUUAUCUUCCAGCCUCGAUGCAGGUUAUAUUUCAUACUGUUGAGCAACUGAAGAGACUUCAGAUAGAGGAGACGCAGGGAAGCAAUUCUUCAAUUCCGACUACCAGUCCUCAUCCGCCAGGUCAACAUCAGCCAUUGUCGACGACAAUGGAGACGAUGAUCGAGUCGUCGACUAUCAUGACGAUGACUAUGACAACGAAUUCAAUGCCUUUGUCUUCAAUGGUUGAGACGAGUAUCAGUCACGUGGAGAUACCGGAAGUAAAUGAAGAGAAUGUCGAAAUGAAUUACGCUACUCCUGAAGUGAACCAAGAAGUGGCUGAAGUCCCUCAUGGAACCACUGAGUCAAAUUAUGAACAGCCGGAGGUUGAUCGGCAGACCGGAAACGAAAGUAGCGCCACCACAGUGGAGAAUGACAAGAAGAAGAAACCCAGUAUCCAAAGCGUCGUGGAAGAGAUCUACGGUAUAGUAAAUCCCUCUGCUUCUCUGAUCUCUGAAGAGGGUAAUCAAGAAUCGAUUCAGUCAAAACAUUCAAGUCCUACAAAAUCCGUUGAGGAAAUUGAAAGUCUCGAAGAAGAGGAUGACGAGACAAGAUUUACCUUGCUGGGUGAAAAAGUCGUGCAAGUACCAAGACCCAGCUUAGCUGGUUACUUGAGACGGGCCAAAAUUCCACCCAGGGCGUCACUUCAGCAACUGGCGACGCUGUACGACGCGUUGAGUAAAGACGCCAGAAAGCAGGGUUUUGCUAAAUUUUCAGGAUACUCAAACGACGUUCUUGAGACUCUGGUAUCUUCUGCAGGUGGUGGGGUCGGUCCUCAGUUAAAAACUUUGCUGGAAAAAACAGUCACAAAGAAUGAGUUGACUAGGGAAGAUUCCAAAGCGAGGACUAACCUUGUACUUAAGGAGUUGGAAGAUUCUGGUAGUGUCCUUUCCACGGACCUGAGACGUCUUGUACCGCUACGUUUUAUUCCUUGAGAAAAAAUGCGACUCGGACACUAUACUCCAAAAAUUUUAAGACUGCUUUCAUAUUAUAACAUGUAUGGAUGAACUGCCAUAAUGCAAAAAAAAAA